GAAAAAAACAAUUGCCCCAACAGCUGUUGAUCGAAAAAUUUAAUGUUUUUCAAGAAAAAACAUUUUGUGGGUCGCACCCUUAUUGUUAUUCAUAAUGACUGGACGUCUUUGGUCCUACGACAUACUAAAGCAAACGGCCUGUGAAGGCUCUGCAGACAUUGACGCGAUAAAGGGAGCCUUUUCUCUUUCAACGAGAAAACUCGACUCCAUUCGGACCAUUCAAGAUUUAAUUGAUGCUUUGGAAAUUGCGGAUCUGUUGAACCCGGAAAAUGUGGAGCCGCUGUACCAGAUGUGCUCCCAUCAACCGAAACUGAGAGAAGCCCUGGACAGCUACGGGCCACGCGAGCCGGACAGCCGGGGACCUAUCAAUCUCUAUCAAGAAGAACGACUGGCCGAAGAUAUCCGACAACACCUACGUAUUGGCCAGGUCCCUCAGGUGGCAGCACCUCCACUUGUGGUUGCUGCUCCUGCGCCCCCACUUCUCGCCCAGCAGAACUACGUGACACCAGUUGCAUUCACGGAUCGCAAACGCGAGGCUGUCUUUAAUAAGAUCUCUGAGGAACUGGGUCGAUUCUGGCGAGCAUUGGGCCGCAAAGCGGGCAUUGGUGAGGGCACCAUGGACGGCCUAGAAGACCGAUAUCCCCGUGAUCUUAAAUCCAAAAUUCUACAUCUGCUGCGGCUGAUGGAGGAGGACGAGUGCCAUGACCCUAGACAUUUCCUUAUGCGUCUCUGCCGAGCCUUGACGGACUGCGGUCGGAACGACAUAAAGAGGAAGGUGGAGCAAAUAAUGUCCCACUGAAAGAUAUAGAUUGCAUGUUAAACCAACUGUAAAUGAUUUUUUGUUAAUGCAAGGCAAUGGUACUAGAAUAUAAUUGAAAAAACAUGUGAUUGUGAUCUACGGAUAAAGAGAGUGUUUCCCCGUAGAUAGGCGUGACAUAUAUAGCUAGUUGGCAGAAAGCCAAAGAAUUCUGUAAAUCUGAAAUUUGUAAUGCAUGUAAUGUAAUCCAAGAAUAGAUUAUUUAAUUCAUUUAGUGCUCAAUACAGAUAACCAUAAAACAAAUGCUUUCAUAUCAAAAAUAAAACUCAGCCAGUCAUAACACAAUUCAUUUCAA